GAAUGAAGUUUAUUUUAUUGCUCACUUUUAUGUUAACAACGAUCAGCUUAAGUGUUUUUGCUUUUGUUAUUGAAAACGACAAUCUCAAAGUUUCAAAUGACAACGAUGAUGUCGAAAACGGGGCUGAUGUAGACAAUGGUGCUGAUGUCACUAGUACCGAAGAGAACGGAUUACACUUUUUAGUGAAUUUCAAUGCAAUCGAUAAUGCGGAAAAAAAAGACGAAUUUAUCAAAGAUGAUCCGAAAGACUUGAUUAUGGACGCAAUUUCAAGAGAUGAUCAAAAUGAUACCAAAUUCUUACUGGAAAAUGUGUUUAACGGCGUCAGUGGAAUUGAAUAUAAAUACAUGCAUAUUGCAGCUGAAUCAUGUAAACCAAAGGUGGCCAAAAUGUUAAUAGAAAAAGGUCUAAAUGUGAAUGGUGAUGCUGGAGCGGAUAAAUGGGGACCAUUGCACGUGGCAACAUAUAAUGAUUGUCCAGAGGUAGCCGAAAUGCUUAUCAAGAACGGCGCUGACGUGAAUGCCAUAAUUCGUAUCGGAUUUACCCCACUUAUUAUUUCAGCACACAACGAUCGUGCUCGAGUUGCAGAAAUACUUAUUGAAAAUGGAGCAGAUAUUAACUUCAAAGAUGCGUCAUACAACAUGAACGCAUUAGAGUGGGCAAAAUCAAGAGGUCACAAAAGCGUGGUGGAUGUGAUUAACAAAUACAAAAGUAAUUCAGAAGUAACUACUGUGAAAAACGAAGAGUCCGACACUGAAUACGAUGGUUAUCACUAUGAUUAUCACGAUGGUUUCACAUUGAGUUAUAUAUAAUUAUAUAUAUAUAUAUUAAGACUAUUUUUCCGCAUUUAUUUGAAAUAAUAAUAAAUAAUAAAAUUAUAAGACAUUUAAUGACUACAGACAAA